CAUACAAUUAAUUUGUCAAAAAGAUGGGUUGCAAAUUAUCCCAACUCGCUGCUUCUGAGUUCACGCACGAUCCGUUAGACCGACCACCGCCACCUUCAGAUCCACGCUCACCUCUCACCGCCAAACAGCAAUACUGCAUAAUGGCAUCGUGGAAAGGAAUUUUCCGGCAAAUUGAGACAACAGGAAUUAUUUUAUUUGUUAAAUUAUUCGAAGAAAACGAGGAACUGCUCCACUUAUUCGAGGAUUUCCGUGAGCUUCGCACAAAAGAAGCAUUCGUGAGUUCGGCAGAAUUAGCUGAGCAUGCCACGAAGGUCAUGCACACACUAGACGAAGGGAUCAAGGGGUUAGCAGACAUGGACACGUUCUUCGCUUACGUAAGACAUGUAGGGGAAACGCAUCGCCAAGUUCCAGGGUUCAAAGCAGAAAACUUCUUGAAAAUCGAGCAACCCUUCCUAGAAGCGGCGAAGACAACAUUGGGCGACCGAUACACGCCCAAUAUUGAAAACAUCUACAAACUGACGAUCCGUUUCAUAUUAGAGAAUCUCGUGAAAGGCUUCGAAGAGGCGGGACCGGAGUAUGUGAAUAAGGAAACCUGAUUAUCGAGACUCAUUUCAAAUUGAUUAAAAUUCGCAUAUGAAUUGUCUGAGAACUGCCUAGAACAUUUAUGAAGAUUUAUUUGAAAUAAAUUAAAUAGAAUAACUAAUCAAUUAACAUAAUUGUAAUAUUAUUU